GUUCCCAUAACGUCACUUCUGGAUGUCAAUAUGCGGCUUGGUGCAGCGCUGGGAAACGGAACCACUGGAAGUGGAAAGAUGUAAACCGAGUAACCAGCGAAGACCAGCCUCAGCGAAGACACUGAACAGUCACCGCCUGGAAACAGCACCUCAGGUCGGAUAAACGGAACCACACCAGCCGGCAGCUCACCGAGUCGCUAUUCCCAAAGCGGCGGAGCGCUUGCCUUUUAAGCAGCCAUCUUUUUGUGAGAGAAUGUACGGGGCGACGCGGCGGGCCUCCUCGAGCUCUGGCCGGGGCCGGAGCCUGCUGAUGCUGACAACCGCGCUACUGCUCUCGGUUAUCGGGCUGCUCACCGGGCUGCCCGGCAUCACCGAGGCGAAGGAAUGCGACAAACCUUGUAUGAACGGGCAGUGCAACAGCGCUACUGGCAACUGUGUAUGCUUCCCCGGCUGGGUUGGGGACCAAUGCCAGCACUGCGGAGGGCGAUUCAGGUUGACGGGGCCCUCCGGUCAUCUGACUGACGGUCCAGGAAACUAUAAGUACAAGACCAAGUGCACGUGGCUGAUCGAGGGACAGCCCAACACCAUACUCCGAUUACGGUUCAACCACUUUGCCACCGAAUGCAGCUGGGACCACCUUUACGUGUACGACGGAGACUCCAUUUACGCCCCGCUUCUCGCUGCCUUCAGCGGUCUGAUUGUUCCCGAGCGCUAUGGGAAUGAGACGGUUCCUGAGGUGGUGUCUCAGUCCGGCUACGCCCUGCUGCACUUCUUCAGUGAUGCUGCCUACAACCUUACCGGCUUCAACAUUUCCUACAGGGUGAACACAUGCCCCAACAACUGCUCAGGCCGGGGCGAGUGUCGCCUGAGGAACUCCACUGGUGCGGCGUACUGCGAAUGUGAAGACAACUGGAAGGGGGCCGCCUGUGACGUCCCCUACUGCCUGGCCGAAUGUGGCUACCCCGACCGAGGCCGCUGCCAGGGAAAGACCUGCAUCUGCAAGACCGGAUGGCAAGGUCCAGACUGCCUGGUCUCUGUGCCUGCCAACUCCUCCUUCUGGAGCCGCGAGGAGUACGCCGAGGCCGGGCUGGCCAGGGCUUCCCACAAGGCCGUGGUGGACCAGGGCAUCAUGUGGGUCAUCGGAGGCUACGUCUUCAACGCCUCCGACUAUCACAUGGUCAAAGCAUAUAACGUCAGUAGCAAGAGCUGGCUGACCCUUGACCCCUCUGUGCACACUGUGACGCCGCGAUAUGGCCACUCACUGGCUCUUCAUGAGGGGAGGAUCUACAUGUACGGAGGAAAGAUCGACUCCACAGGAAACGUGUCCAGUCAGCUGUGGGUUUUCCACAUCCAGAACCAGACCUGGGUCCUCCUGAGCCCCCGGGCCAAGGAGCAGUAUGCUGUGGUGGGACACUCGGCGCACAUUGUGCCCCCUGUCCAGGAGGGGGCCAGUCCCAUCAUGCUGGUUAUGUUCGGACACUGUCCUCUGUACGGUUACAUCAGCCAGGUGCAGGAGUACAACAUCGUGAAGAACACAUGGAGCAUAGUGUCCACAGAAGGUGCGCUGGUCCAGGGUGGCUACGGCCACAGCAGUGUUUUCGACCCCAGCACCAGAGCCAUCUACAUACACGGAGGCUACAAGGCCUUCAGCGCCAACAAGUACGGCCUGGCGGGAGACCUGUACAAGUUCGACGUGGACAAGAGGAAAUGGACCAUUCUGAGAGACAGCGGCUUCUUCCGUUACCUCCACACGGCGGUGAUAGUGAGCGGGACCAUGCUGGUGUUUGGAGGAAACACGCACAACGACACCUCCAUGAGCCACGGCGCCAAGUGCUUCUCCUCGGACUUCCUGGCCUACAGCCUGGCGUGUGACGAGUGGACAGUGCUGCCUCGGCCGGACCUCUACCAUGACGUCAAUCGCUUCGGACACUCGGCAGUCUUCAGUGACAGUGUGAUGUACGUGUUCGGUGGCUUCAACAGCCUGCUGCUCAGUGACGUCCUCAUGUACACCUCGCCCAGCUGCGCAGCCUUCUCCAGCCCGGCGUCCUGCAGCCAGGCCUGGCCAGGGAUCCACUGCAUCUGGAACAGCACCCAGGGGACCUGCCUGCCCUGGGAGAGCAACGCCAUCGGAAUGGAACCGCAGCCGCUACCGGCCUCCUGCAACACGCGAUCAUAUGCUGACAACGAGAGGUGUGACCAGUACACGGACUGCUACAGCUGCACUGCUAACACCAACGGCUGCCAGUGGUGUUCCGGCCAGUGUGUGUCUCUGGGAAGCAACUGCACCUCUGCCACGGGGGGCACAGGGGACAAUGACGUUUGCCCCAAGGAUAACCCGUCCUAUGUGUGCAACAAGAAAACCAGCUGCAAGAGCUGCGCUGUGGACCAGAACUGUCAGUGGGAACCUCGCAACCAAGAGUGCAUCUCACUGCCAGAAAACGUGUGCGGUGAAAGCUGGCAUCUGGUGGGCAACUCCUGUCUGAAGUUCAUCACGGCCAAGGACUCGUACGACAACGCCAAGCUGGCCUGCCGGAGCCACAAUGCCGUCCUGGCCUCGCUCACCACGCAGAAGAAGGUGGACUUUGUCCUGAAGGAGCUGCAGAUGAUGAGUGUGGUGUACAAGGCUACAGUGACCCCCUGGGUGGGGCUCAGGAAAAUCAACGUGUCGUACUGGUGCUGGGAGGACAUGUCACCCUUCACCAACACCAGCCUGCAGUGGCUGCCCGGCGAGCCCAGUGACGCCGGCUUCUGUGGCUACCUGGCCGAGCCGGCGUCCAGCGGACUGAAGGCACAAACCUGCAUCAACCCAGUGAACGGCAGCCUGUGUGAGCGCCCAGCCAACCACAGUGCCAAGCCGUGCCGGACCCCGUGCGCCAUGAGAAGCACCUGCAGCGAAUGCACCAGCGGCAGCUCGGAGUGCAUGUGGUGCAGCAACAUGAAGCAGUGCGUCGACUCCAACGCCUACGUGGCCUCCUUCCCCUUCGGCCAGUGUAUGGAGUGGUACACUAUGAACACUUGUCCCCCGGAGAACUGCUCCGGGUACCGAACAUGCGGCCAGUGUCUGGACCAGCCGGGCUGCGGCUGGUGCACCGACCCCAGCAACACGGGCAAAGGUCAGUGCAUCGAGGGCUCGUACCGCGGGCCCUUCCAGACCUCGGUCCCGGCCCCAUCCACCCUCCCCGGCCUGCCCGCCAGCCCCCCCCAGCCGGCCCUCAACGCCAGCAUGUGCCCCAGCGAGGCCAAAUACAACUGGUCCUUCAUCCACUGCCCAGCUUGUCAGUGUAACGGUCACAGCCAGUGUAUCAACGAGAGUGUGUGCGAGAAGUGCGAGGACCUGACAACCGGCCGGCACUGCGAGAGCUGCAUCUCCGGCUUCUACGGAGACCCCACCAACGGGGGCAGCUGCCAGCCCUGCAAGUGUAACGGCCACGCCAGCAUGUGCAACCCUAACAACGGCAAGUGCUUCUGCACCACUAAGGGCAUCAAAGGGGAUCGCUGCCACCUGUGUGAAGUCGAGAAUCGUUACCAAGGCAACCCUCUCAAAGGAACGUGCUACUACACGCUUCUCAUCGACUACCAGUUCACCUUCAGCCUGUCGCAGGAGGACGACCGCUACUACACCGCCAUCAACUUCGUGGCCACACCUGAGGAGACAAACCGGGAUCUAGACAUGUUCAUAAAUGCCUCAAAGAACUUCAACCUGAAUAUAACCUGGGCCACUAGCUUCACCGCUGGCACCCAGACCGGGGAGGAGGUCCCCAUCGUCUCUCGGAGCAACAUCAAGGAGUUCAAGGACAGCUUCUCUAACGAGAACUUUGAUUUCCGCAACAGCCCAAACAUAACCUUCUUUGUCUACGUCAGCAACUUCACGUGGCCCAUUAAGAUUCAAAUCGCCUUCUCGCAGCACAGUAACUUCAUGGAUCUGGUGCAGUUCUUUGUCACGUUCUUCAGCUGCUUCCUGUCCCUGCUCCUCGUGGCCGCCGUGGUUUGGAAGAUCAAACAAAGCUGCUGGGCGUCACGGCGACGAGAGCAACUGCUGAGGGAAAUGCAACAGAUGGCCAGCCGGCCUUUCGCCACCAUCAACGUCGCCUUGGAGACGGACGACGAGCCGCCUGACCUGAUAGGCGGAAACGUCAAGUCCGUCCCAAAACCCAUCGCCCUCGAGCCUUGCUUUGGCAACAAAGCCGCCGUGCUUUCCAUCUUUGUGCGGUUACCCAGGGGCACCGGCGGCAUCCCUCCUCCAGGACAGUCUGGUCUGGCAGUGGCCAGCGCGCUGGUGGACGUCUCCCAGCAGAUGUGUGUGGGCUACAAGGAGAAGUCUGGAGGCCUGAGGAACCGCAAACAGCAGCCCACCGCACAGCCAUCCACCUGUAUCUGA